GAUACACUGGCGGCCGCCUUUUUUUUUACAAAUGCAAAUAAAACGUAAAUUAAGAGUUUAUUAGUGAUAAAAAGGAGUCACAAUGGAAGUCAUUUUACCCCUGGAGCUGCACAAUGGCCAAAAGUUUCUAGAGUGUGCCACUAAGCUCGAAUACGAUGAGUUUUCAGCGAAAAUGUUUGUGUUCUGCACUGAGUGCAGCGAUGUGGAUGUGUUUGAGCUGAUGGGCAACCAGCGAUUGAUGCAGUUGAUAUACGGCUGGGAGGUCUGCCACCUGCCCAAUCCCGAGGGCCUGCGUGAGGACUCGUUGCGUCAUGUGGUCCAGGUGCUGGCGCACUACUCGCUGCAGUUGUGGUUCAGCCAGGAAUGGACAAGCUGUUCGGAGGGGCUCAAACGCAUGCUGCUCUACCACUUGGGCAAGGCAAUGUCAUCGUUUGCCCAGAUUGAGGGUCUGUCCAAAAUCGAUUGGCCGUACAUACUCAAGUUUCAGGGCAAACCCUGGCGGGUGCCCUAUCUGCAGCAGCUGUUUGCCAAUCUGCGACAGAACAAGCAUCAUACCAUUGAGCAUUCAGUGCUGGCUGCCACACAGGAAGAUAUCGCGUACCUUGAGCAGGAGCAGCUGUAUCUCAUCCUGCUGCGUCUAAUACAGCUCUUCAAUGCGGGCAACUUUGAGGCACUGAAGCAGCUGGCACUUCGCGUACUGGCAGCUUGGCUCAAGUCCAAUGCCAAUGCCAGUUGUGAGUCCCUGGAGCAUGACCAGAUAGCCAUUACACUGGUGGGGCAUCUCUACCUAUUGACAGUUUUCGUCAUGGAUGAGAAUCGGGGCUAUGUGAUUGAUAAUUUGAUGUACAACAUACGUUUCUAUGCGCUGAGCAUGCAGGAAGCUCCAGUGGCAGAGGACAUCAACUUCACGCCUGCCCGCCUCAUCGCUCAGGUGUGUGUUCGCUUGAGGCUGAGCAAGAGCGGCUUCUUCGAGCAGAUUGUGUUCAAGAAGUUCAAGCUGAAUCUGAUCACCUCGUUCGCCGUCAUGCUGGAGGCCUACACCAGCUAUGUGCUGGGCAAUCAGUUGAUGGAGCUGAUGGCCUUGAACGAACACGAUUUCUUGACCCACUUGCCACACUUUCGGGUGCUCAUGUAUCGCUAUGUGGAGGAGCGGGAGAACAGCGAGGCCUUUCUCCUCAAUGAGCUGCAAAAGCUCGAGUCGCAGCGUUAUAGCCACGCCAAACCGUACACCGUGAACCUCAACCUGAACUAUCAGCAGCAAAUCUGCAAAGGCAAUCGUGCCAGCAACAUUGGCAACUACAAGAACUGCGACGAUGAUGAGAAGCCCCCGUUGGAUGUCGACGAGGAGUUGGAUCGCCAAAUAGAUCCCGUCUUUCAGACUGUGCCCAACAACGAGGAGGUUCUGGAUUUUGUCUACAAACUGCUGGCAGAGCGGGAAUUUGAGGGCUGGCAGUUUGCCAAGAUUGCGCUGCUGCUGAAGAUUAUUGGCCAGCAGCUGAAUGCCAUCGAAAUUUGGCGCUAUCAUCCCGGGCUGACCACUGACUUUAUGCUCAAUUUGGAGCACAAAUUAUCCAAUAACUAUGCGGAUCUGGCCAAGGUGUUCAGUGAUCAUGCCUUCAUGGAGGCAGAGUUCUGGCUGACAGCGUUCUAUCUGCAUCCAACGACACACAACUAUAACGAAGUCAAACGCUGUUCGCGCAUCAAGAAGAAGCGUUCCUUGGAUGAUGAGUCGCCUGGAACGGGGACCGCCGCUGGCGGCAACACACAAAGUGCUUUCAGCGUCAAGUACGAGCUGCUCAGCUCCACCAUUGAUGUGGAUGAAAUUGUGACGAUAACCAAUCACAAUGCCCCCGUGGGAGACUACGAUCCGAUCUACAAGGCUCUGCAGGCGCUGCGACUGCCGCGUAGCUUCAUCAAGGAUCUGCUGACGGUGAUCUUUCAGCCGCGCAACAAGCGCUACUCGUGGGCCCUCGAGUGGUCCACGCUGCACGAGCGCUGCAAUGCGCUGCUGAAGAGCAAGGAUCUGAAGAAUAAGUUCGUGGCUUUGAAUAUGGCCGAGGCCAACGAUCGUUUAGAGUUCCUGCAAAUUGACUACGCAAAGUACAAGGAUCGGCCGCAGCUGGACUAUGGCACCAUCGAAGAGGGCUACGAGAAUGCGGCCAACCUCGCCGAAGCCGAGGCAGAGGUGAGCGCGGAUGAGAAGGAAGAGGAACCGGGCCCGAAGCAGCCAAAGAAACGGAGACCGCCGCGUAAAUUUUGGGAUGAAGUAAUCUCCGAGGACGAGGAGGAGGAUGUGGCCUCAGACGAGUCAGAGGCUUAUUACACGGGCACUGGUCGAAGGACGCGCGUUCGUGCUGCUGCCAUUGUGGCCAAUUCCAUGCUCUCGGACAUGGAUCGCAGCAUGCGAAGUGGUCGCCGAUCGCCGACCAUCGUCAGCUCACCAGUCGCCCCGUCCGAACCAGAAGAAGAACAAUCCCAGACAGAGCCCGAGCCUGAGGUCAAGCCUGAGCCCAUAGACGAGACGGAGACGCCAAAGUCUCCUUGCCCAGAAGCGGCAGUGAAUCGAGAGAAACGCUCAUUUGGCGAUCUGCUGGACACCCGCACAAAGUUUAGUAACGAAACCAGCGGCUUCAAGGCCUUUGCCGACAUCUGGAGCUACGAAAAGGAAGAACUUCAGGCUGUGGCCAGCGGGAGCAAUGGCCUGAGCGAAUGCAGUUCGGUUUUAAGCAAAUUCAAGAGCUGGCAAACCCUCAGAGAAGCUGCGCCAGCGAGCACAAACGUCGCGGAAGAGGCGGCGCCACGAGCAAAGAAGACGCGCGCCACGUCGGAAGCGGACAGCGUGGAUUCGGAUACGUCGACGAUGGCCAUGCACGACUCCACCGAGGAGCAAUGCGAGAAUUUGUCUGGUGUAAGUAAAGAGUUAACGCCUCCGCCGGCCACAGCGUCUGAUUUUAAUAUGGAGACAGGCGUGUUCCAGCCCGAAGAGAAAGAGAAGGAGGCGAUCCAGGAGACUCGGACGGGAGUUCAGGAUGUAGACGAAGCUACGACGACGACGCCAGAUCUCCCUCAAGAUUUGAAUACUCAAGAACAACCAAACAAGCGCUUCAAAACCUCACCAAGCAGCCACAGCACAGAGCCAACAACCCAGAGACCUGACGACGACGACGACUUAACGAAACGCCUCAUCCAAGAGUGUCUGACACGCAGGGCCGAGGUGCGCUUACAACUUCUUACUCUGCAGGACAUGAGGCAGAUGCGCGAGUGUCGAGUUCGGAUCAAGCGCACCGACUUAGUCUCCUACUACCAAGAGCGAGAGAAGCCGCAAGCUAAACGAAGAAAGCCAGGGCCAGGCAGCCACCGCCACAGCCACAGCCGUUCCAUCACCACAGACAGCAAUGCAUCAACGCCCACGCUCGAGAGGCGGAAAAGCGACAAGAAACGCUUGAAGAAAUUUGUGCACAUAACAUCGGAUACGCCGGGAACGUCAGCGUCUGUGACGAUGCCCAAAAAGAUCUUCCGGCACAUAACUUCCGAUUCAUCAACGGACAUGGAAGAGGUGCAGCCGCCAGCGCCACUCAAUCGCAAGCGCAACAGCCGCGGCGGUCGUGCCACGCGAGGAGGUGGCGUGCGGGUCAAGGAGCUGCAGGUGCGAAUCUGCCGGCAGACACCCACAGAGAGAGUCUCCUGUUCGCCGGAUGUGAUUGAGCUGUCCUCGGACUCACACUCCUCCUGCUCGCCGCAGCCGCGCACCAACCCAGCCAGCAUUCACUUCUCUGACGUCAUGGAACUGGAUCCGUUGUACGAGGAGGAAAUCGUUCCAUUUUGACGCUGCUAAAAAGGACCUUCCUGCACAGGCCCUGCGGCGAGGCGGCUCUACGUGCUCGUAACGAAUGCCCGGCGAGGGGUUGCACAUUGGGAACUGAGUUCUACAGCCCUGGAAAAUUGAAUUCGUUUCGCUUGUUCGAAUGCAAUUGGCCCUCGGGCACAUUUUGUAUUUGUUCUGCUCUGAUUUUGAUGAAGUUAUAUUUUUUGUAUGUGUGUGUAGCGUGUGUGUGUGUGUGUGUACAUCUGUUUGGCCACAGCUCAGGCAUUGUGUGGGACUCCUAUAAAACGCCCGCUAGCCUCUCAAUUAAAACGCCUAAUUGAUAUGCAUUGUGGUUCUCGCCAAGGCAGCGAAUUAGCCACACGCGUCGGAGGAGCACUUGAGCUGGUCAGGCAUAUCAACAACAAUCAACAAUAUCCCGGGG